UUCAUUAUUUUAGUCAUUGUUCAACGGUGUUAUAGACCAAAUUUGCUAGUUAGACUUAGAUAGUUACUGAGCAAAACUGUUCGACUGAAUUCGCCAGUCAAUUUCUUGUGGCAAUGAGUUUUGUAUCAAAUGUGGUUCAUAUUGGGAAAAAAAAAUAGCAUCCGUUUUCUUAAAUAUGAUUGUAAAUAUUUCACAAAUUCAAUUGUUUUAGGUUGAAAUUUUCUUCAAGCUUGUAGCCAUGGAUCUUACUAGAAUCAAGUACUUGGAAACUCCAUUCUUGUUUGCAUCUCAAGGGGGAGCAACAUUAGAGGACAGCAAUGGACUUUGCGAGACAAAUACAAAAAACCCAUUUUUGGAUACAUUUUCUGACCCUCUUUGCAAGCUGAAUCUCAAGGAAACUUCUGAUUUUGUGAAGUCAUUUCCAUUGGCAAACAAUGGUACAGAUAUCAGAGGUUUUCUUGAGGUUUCAGCUCAGUGGAACAGAGAAAAUGGUGUUGAUUCUGUUUCAAAGAGGAAUGUAGAAGCUCCACCUAGUCCUGGGAGGCCUACUUUCAGCUUUAACAGUGGAAAUUUCAAAAGAAAAAGUUUUCCUUCAAAAUGGGAUGAUGCAGAGAAGUGGAUUGUCAGUGGCAGCUCUUGCCAUGAUUCCCCUGCUCAUCAUUUUGAUCUGAUAAAACCACUGGAGGCCUCAAAAAUGUACUCUAAACAGUGCAAUGGGUACAAUCUACACCAACCUGAUGUCUUUGCAGAAAAAUUUAGGGUUACAGGGGAAAAGGACUCUAAAGUUGUUUCAAACUUUCAAAGGGCUUCUGCAAUGGACUCAGCUAGACCUUUUAAUGGUAAUGUACCACUGAAAGAUAAAUUCACAAAUGAGGUAGAACAAAUUUGUCCCAAAUUUAAGUGUGUAGAGCCAAUGAAAGAAGGAUUUUUAUUUGGGAAUGCAGUGGAAAAGUCAGCAGAAGAUGCGAUCUCAGUAAUAAUUCACGAGGUGAAACACCGUGACAUUGGAACUGAAAUGACCCCUCUUGGCAGCUUGACCACUUCAAGAUGCCCGUCUCCGUUCAUUAGCACAUCACCUGCGCGCCAUAACACACCCACUAACAGGUCCAGCCCAUUGGCCUUGGAAAAUAUGGAUGUUGCCAGCACUAUUGACAUGAUGCAAUUGCAAGAUUGCCAUUUAGCCAAGUUACAUAAUGAGCCACAAUUCAAUUCUGUUACAACGAAUUGGAGCUCUUGAGAAGAGGAGGAGGAGGACAUAUCAAAGAGCUUGAGACACUUCGAGAUGAAUAACGAGUUGAGGAAAAGUAUUUCCAAGUCUAGACCCCGUACCCGGGAGGAAGAGGAAAAGACCAAGUCUUGCCUCAGAACUUCAGGUACCAAAGAGAAGAAGCUAACAUUCAAGCUUGGGUGAAUCUCCAAAAUGCCAAAGCAGAAGCCAAAUCCAGAAAGCUCGAGGUGUAAUUUCUGACCAUCACUUUCUGCAUUCACCCCCAAAUUCCUUUAUGCUAUGCAUAUUAGACAUACAUAACUCAGUUUUAAGAUUUGCAUUAUGCCAUCAAAAUUCAUUCUUUAUGCUCAUACAUAUCAAUCUCCAAUGUGCAUCAGUACGAUUCUUUUCUUGAAGUUCAUUUUUCUCAAUGUGGAUGGCAAAAUAUUUUAACAGUAACUGCUGAAAUCUAGUAAAUGAAUAUCGUACUGACCUAUAGUUUUGACAGUUUUACACAAUAAUAAUAACAAACUAAGCCUUAUUACCAAUAAAUUUGAAGUCGUUUUCUUCCCCCCUCUAUUUGGUCCUUUUUUAAGAGUCUGUAUUAUGUUGGUUAUAGAUAAAGAGUUUUGCAAGCUUAUAUUUGGCUUUAUCUUCAUUGAGCCACUCACUAGACAGGGACACGGUGUUCCCAUGGUGGUCCUAAUCUCUUUUUGAGGGAUCUCUUUACCCAAUGUAUAUAAGGCACUCCAGAAGCAAGAAAGCAAGAGAAGUCAGCACAAUGCAGCUUAUUAUAUUUAAUGCAUGAAUAGUCUAUUAAACAUUGGAAGUUUGAAACUCAUGUGAAGUUACUGCACUCCCAAAAAUCUAGGCAAAUUAUUAAUUUAAAUUAGUGUUGAUUUUAUGCUUGAAAUUUUAUUGCUAUUCUAAUGGAUAAGACAACAAUUAUAGUGAUAAAUAAAUGGGCAACAUAAUUUGAUCUAAAACUUCCUUCCUGUGUCAGCUUCUACCUUGUUGUUGGUGUAGUUAUAAGAGUACAAAAAAAAUAUAUUAUCAGCAUUCUAACCAUGGGGCCUUGUGCAUUCUGGCUAAGCUUA